CUUACGCAUGCGCAGUGGUGUUCAGGCCGGGGACGCGUCAGUGAGAAUCGGUUGUUCCUCAGCGGUGGUAAAGCAGCUCUCCUGGCGUGAAGAAGCGGAGCGUUAGUGGUGAUCUAUCGUGUGGAAGAUGCUGGUUGUGUUCCUGGGGCGCUGUCCCGUGUCUGAGCGCUCGCACUGACUCUUUAAACCCAAACAGCGUGGCCAAGAAAAGAAAGACGAGUGCCGGAACGAGCGAGGAAAUUGUGGAUAAGUUGCAGGUAGGAAGCGCGCAGGAGGACGUCACUGAGGAGUGAUGCCUGUAGAGAGCGGAAACAGCGCAGUCGCCCGUCAAGCCAAGCAGAAGCGCAAGUCUCACAGCCUCUCCAUCCGGAGGACCAACAGCACCGAGCAGGAGCGGCCUUCCAUCCACAGAGACAUGCUGGAGGCUCAGGAUUCCAAGCUGCCCAUGGCGCUAAGGAGCACCUUGCUUGACCUGUUUGGACAGAUUGAACGAGAGUUUGAGAACCUCUACCUUGAGAAUAUUGAACUGAGGCGAGAGGUCGAGUCCCUGAACGAGCGCUUGGCUGGUGAGGGUCAGACUGUCGAUGGAGGAGACCUGGGGAAAGGAGCACUGAAGACUAAAGCCAGUCACAGUACGAGUCAGCUGUCCCAGAAACUGAAGACCACGUAUAAAGCCUCCACCAGUAAGAUCGUGUCGAGUUUCAAAGCCACCACAUCUCGUGCCGUGUGCCAGCUGGUGAAGGAGUACGUGGGCCACAGGGACGGCAUAUGGGACCUGAGUGUGACCAGGACACAGCCACUGGUUUUGGGCACUGCCUCGGCAGACCACUGUGCUAUGCUGUGGAGCAUCGAGACAGGGAAGUGUCUGCUCAAAUACGCUGGCCAUGCUGGAUCAGUUAACUCCAUCAAGUUCCACCCUACGGAGCAGAUGGCUCUUACAGCGUCUGGUGAUCAGACAGCUCACAUCUGGCGCUACAUGGUGCAGCUGCCUCUGCCUCAGCCUCCAACCGACACCAGCGCGUCGCUGGAUGACGACGUGGAUUUCUCCGAUAAGGACGAUGCAGACGGAGACGCCGAUGGACCAAGCGAGUGCCCCACGGUCCGUGUAGCCAGCACCACUCUGAAGAGCCACCAGGGCGUGGUCAUCGCCGCUGACUGGCUCGUCGGCGGCAAACAAGUCGUCACUGCGUCUUGGGACCGAGCUGCCAAUUUGUAUGAUGUGGAGACGUCUGAACUCGUCCACACACUCACAGGUCACGAUCAGGAGCUGACCCACUGCUGCACCCACCCCACCCAGAGGCUGGUGGUCACCUCAUCCCGCGACACCACCUUUCGCCUGUGGGACUUCAGAGAUCCGUCCAUCCACUCGGUCAAUGUCUUCCAGGGACACACCGAUACGGUGACGUCGGCUGUGUUCACAGUGGGAGACAACGUGGUGUCCGGCAGCGACGAUCGCACUGUUAAAGUGUGGGACCUGAAGAACAUGAGGUCGCCGAUAGCAACCAUCCGCACCGACUCGGCUGUUAAUAGGAUAAGUGUCUCUGCUAACCAGAGGAUCAUCGCCCUGCCGCACGACAACAGACAAGUCCGGCUGUUCGAUAUGACCGGGGUCCGACUGGCCCGCCUCCCACGCAGCAACAGACAGGGUCAUCGGCGCAUGGUGUGCUGCUCAGCAUGGAAUGAAGAGAACCAGGCGUGUAACCUGUUCACCUGUGGCUUUGAUCGGCAGGCCAUCGGCUGGAAUAUCAACAUUCCUGCUCUGCUGCAGGACAAGUGAACACGCGCGUGCUCUCUCUCUCUCUCUCUCUCUCUCUCUCUCUCUCCCCUUUGUCAUACUUAGACACAGCUUAGGAAGGCACAGUUAAGCACACAGACACACAGCUGGGUCCUCAGUAAAGCUCUCCACAUGGGUGUAUUGAUUUCUCGUGCGUGUGUGAAGUGAAGAUGAUGCGUCAGCAUGAAUCUCCCCCCACGCACACAAUCACACACACUUUAACGACGACUCCCUUCAGGCAGCCCUCUGAUCCCAUAAUUAGAGACUCCGUGGGAGAGAUUUACUUCCCUUUACACCUACCUGCUUCAGGUAUUCAGGUGGAUGAUACGGCGAUACGCGAACCAAUUACCUUUACACAACUGGGCCAGGAUGCAACUCUGGUACAAUUUAAAAUAAAUAAAUGAAACAAUGUCACUCGGCUGUGUUAAAUCUGCCUAGUAACAAGAAUUUGAUUGGUUAUCAAUCUGUUACAGUAUUAUUACGGGGCGUUUUUUUUUUCUUUAUUUUUUAAUGAUUUCUGUUCAAAUCAGGAAUAAAACACUCUUGCAUGUUCUGUUAUUGGAAAAUAAUCAGUGAUUGAUAGUGUGAUGCCCUACAGCUUAACACAAACCUGAUUAUUCUCCUCUAACAGCACGUCCUGAAGUGUUUUUUCCUCUUAUAUGCUGUUUAGUUUAGUGCUGUGCUUUUUUUCAUCGGUUUAAAGUUGCACUUGUGUUAAAGUUUCUGUUUGUUAAAGGGAAUAUAAUCGGCCAUUUCUUCACUCUCUUCGUUUUUAGAAUUUAUUCAACGUGGCUGGAAAAUGUACUCCUUCCAUACCUGUAAGUAAAUAAAUAUCAGUUUUAUGAAUCCAUUGGUUAUUCGUGUUGGAGUACACAGAUCAGAUCACACACUAUAAAUCCAUGUAAAUGCGCCGUUACUGUAGAAACUGUCAUGUAAUAAUAGAGCAAGUGAUUUGAAGUGUAGUCAGGACUGAUGCCGAGCUGUGCUCUUAUAGGAAAUUAAUCAUCAGCAUCAGAUUUGUGGAUUUUAAGCGCACUCUGGUAUAUUGAACAGUUAUUCCACGAAAUCAGGUCGUACAUGAGCCGAUAGCCAACGUAGCACCGAGUCGGCUAUAACCCGUGUACAACGAGAUUGAGUGGAAUAACUGUUUUAUUCUGUCCACAUUCACUGGAUUUUGAGAAACGGAGCAUUAUUUUUACUUUUGCAAAUUCGUUAAAUAUAAACUUUUUAUACAAAACGUCCAACAAAAUCAUUUCCGCUUAGUUGGACUCCUUAAAAACCUAUCGAUGGCUGUAGAAAGUGCCGUCUUGCUGUUGUGCCGAGGUAUAGAACAGCUUUAGACGUUUAUUUAAUUCUUCCUUGGACAUUUCAGUUCUGUAAUUUUCAAACUUCUUUGAGCUUUUGAACUAGUCUAAAAAAAAAAAAAAUUCAAAUUUU